UGCCAGCCAUUAAGAGGGACUUUUUUUACUUUUUGCAGACUGCCGAGCCUCGCAACAGGCGAACAAAAAGCACAAGAAUUCUUUGUCAGACCGUAUUGUAGAAAAUCACAUCCACAUUGCAUUUGGGAAAUCAUGAAACAGGCCACACAAUGCUGGCCUGGCCUCCUGCCAUACUGAACAAAAAAAACCACUGUUACACAAUGUGAUGAAAAAUGAAGCUGCGGAGAUAGAAAACUGUUACAUUAAGGUUAGUUUAUGGAGAAUGGUGAAGAAAAACAGAGCAUGGUUACCCAUGGCAACCAAGAAGAUGUCGGCAUGUCUUUUUUUGCAGUAAUAAAACCGGGGAUCCAAGUCCAUUGGACAGAUUGUUGGUUCUCCUGGCCGGCAAUGAAGAUAGGAGUAAAUGAAGAAAGGGGGAGGACAAGGGAUUGCUUCAAGAAGGACGUGCCUGCGAGAACUGGUCUGACCAGAGUCUGAGCGACUGCGGCUCCUCAGCAACAGAUAUAAGGAGCGGUGAGGAGUAAAGUGCAGAGAGCAGGUGCUGCAUCCAUCUAUGAAGACACCAUAACGUCUCCGCCAUCCUCACCACCAUGCUGUACUGCCACACCAGAUACAAAGGAGCCUGCUGACAUGUGCCCUCGCCAUCUCUCCCAUGAAGAAUCUCAAAGCCUGGAGCCCGCUGUUCUUCACGCUAUGUCUCAUUCAUCACAUCCAUCAAAGACAUCCGUCUCCUUGAGGCAUUUGCCCCUGUGUAAUUUCAGCCUAGAAAUCCUAAUGCUAUGUAAAGGAAUUAUACUUCUGGUUCCUGACCCCAUAAUAAAUGCAACAGUGACCCAAAAUGUCCUCCUGUCCAUCGACUACGCAAGUAACGGAACGCCAUGGAUACAAUGGAAAUAUAUGUCGAGCUGGAAGUCGCAGUGUAUCAUUCAGUGGAAGGUGAACUCUUACGUUAAUGUUUCCAGCAGUUACGCCGGUCGGGUUCACAAGUUUGAGAACGGCUCCAUACAGCUCCAGAAUGUGGAAGUGAAAGACACUGGUUUCUAUAUGAUCACAGUGAGUGAUGACUUUGGAAGUACCAAGCAGAGCACAAUAAUCCUCAAUGUUCAUGAAAUCCGCUAUGAAGAGUUCUACUUUGUGGCUGUGUUCAUUGCAUUUCUAGCUGCGGGAUCCGCCGUGCUGGUCUGCCUUAUGUGGAUCUGCAACAAAUGUAUUAACAUUGCCCAGAGGAAAAAGCAGCAUCGGAGAGCAGAAGAGAUUGAGCUACGUAUAAUUUCAGCCUAAGGAACAUCGCCAUGGGCCACCUACCUCAAGCCAUUACAGAGACUAUUGUCCAGUCUACAGUCAUGUUUGCCAGUGAUGGUGGGUGGUGUGGGGGAGGCCAUUGAUCAUUGUGCAGUAAUGCUGGCAUGGUAACGGACUAUACGCACUGGAUGCGGCACAUCUGAGCCUGUUCUGCAGUAUUUGUCAUUAAAAUGUGAACGAUACAUCUGAUGUAUUGGAGUUUGCUACCAAGAGAGAAGUCAACGUAAACUAGAGCGACCGGUCUUCACCAUUGUUAUCCAGAGUCUUAUCAGUGAUACAACCAGUCAGUGGAGAUUCCAUGACCGUACAGCGAAGCCGCGCUCUUCGGUGACCUGUUAUAACACGUGCUGUACUAUUGGUACACAAUCUCCAGCUCUGCAUGGUAAUGACAGGGUCUGUGUGUACAUUUAUAUUGUAUUAUAUGCACUGGAUGGAGCCUUUUGUUUACAGUCUAAUGUUUCAGUUGUUACUUUGUUGGAGUCAAUGAAUAAUGGGCAUCAAUGCUUGGAAAUGUGCUACUGAAUUGUGAUAAUGCACUUAUAGAUACGUACGUUUUAUAAAUGUAACUGUGAACCAAA